AUGUUCGAGAGACUCAUCCGCUUUGAAUCGAACGGCAUCGAGAAAUUAGAAGGCGCACCUUUUCCAGUCGUUGACGGUACUGUGGAGAGUGGAUUCAGGGCAAAUAGCUAUCCCGGCCGCUCCUCACCCCUGCCGCACGUUCCAAUUUUUGUAUGCAUUGGAUUUAACUACCAUCAGCAUGUAAAUGAGGCCAACCGAACAGUUAUACCAUAUCCUGUUAUUUUUAUAAAGCCAGCCGAGUCCCUCGCAGACGCCCGAAGUAUGCUUGAUUACGAAGAUGAACUUGGUGUGGUUAUUGGCUGCGAUGCCUUCAAUGUGUCCGAGGAUGACGCUCUAGAAUAUAUCCUAGGCUACACGUGUGCUAAUGACGUCUCUGUACGCAAUUUCCAACCUUCAGAUGCAUCUGGUGGCCAAUACUGUUUUGCUAAGUCCUUCAACAAGUUGGCUCCAUCAGACCUCACUCGUGAGACCCGAGUCAAUGGGAGCACUAGGCAGUCUACUUCUACUUCUGAUAUGAUUUGGACUGUAAAACAGAUCAUCGCACACGCUAGCAAGGGAACCACUCUCCAUGCUGGGACGGUGAUAUUGUCGGGAACUCCGGCGGGUAUUGGCUUGUUUUGCACUCGCCAGACCCUUUUGAAAUCUGGUGACGAAGUAGAGGUUUAUAUUGAUGCAAUUGGUACUCUCCGAAAUAAGAUAGUAUUUGAAUAG